CACACUCUCAUCACGUUUAUACAUCUUUUUCUACUCAACAUUUAUUUUAAUAUAUUUUUCAAAAUUUAAUUUUAUAAUUAUUUUUCAUUUUUUCCUAAAUGAAAAUUUAUAAUUGUCCUGUGAAAUUAGGGUUUCCUAUACGUCUUAUUUGAAGGCCAAAAUGAAGAAGAGGUGUGCAAAGAAGGGGUGGAUUCGCAUAAAGAAUGAUUGUCGUGGGUUGUAUAUUCGAUCAGACAACCUCGGACCAGGCGCCAUGAGGAAGGGAAGGCGAGUACACUUUGUCGCUGGUGUACCUAUGAAGAAAAUCUACGAUGCGUCGAAAAACAAGAAAUUGUAUCCCAUAUAUAUGGAUGAAUAUGUUUGUCUUACGGAGCUGGCUAUUCACCUCUAUAAUAUCAAGGAGCAUACACAAUUCAGCCAAGUCAAGCUGCUUAAGAUAGUGACAGAGCAAGGUGGGUAUUGGGUAAAUCAUAUCACAUUUGAAGCCCUGUCACCUCUCGGGGAUGCUACAGUUUUUAAAACAACAAUAACGGAGAUUUUUCGCCAAUAUCGGAAGAUAGAGAUUAAGCCUGUUAAGCUCAAAUGCUCUCAGUCUCAUGACAAUGGUGAAAAGUCUAAACAAGAUCCGCCCCUUGAUAUUGCUCAACAGCCCGUCAUCAAAACUUUCCCUGCUAAAGCUUUGGUAGAUCUGGCCCCUUUUCUCUCCCAGUAUGCUCUUAUCAUGUAUAACAUAGACGAGGUAAAAAUAAAAAGAGAGGCAGUUCAUGACAUUUCCUCACUGAAAGUUGUCAAGGCAAUUAAACUUGAUUCAGAGGAGGGUACUCUUUACCACGUUACUUUCACAGCCUCCUUGCGUGAUGAGAGCAAGAACAUUGAGACCUUCGAGACACAAAUAUGUGUGCCUACCCUCUUCCCAAAUAUGACCAUGGAAGUAAGGGAAAUUAAGAUGAUCAAGCAUGACUGAUGCAGGUUAUUCUAUCCUGCAUUCCCUAAUUUAUUAUGCUGUUUUGAUUUCAAGUGCUCCUCAGUUUAUCCCUCCCCCUUUCUUCCUUCUUUUCUCGACUUUGAAAUUUUCUUUUUUGUAUAGUGAAUACUGCUGCAUCCUGCUCAUAUUUUUAACUGGAUAUAAAUUAGACUCUUUACUGUUGACAUGACGACAUGCGUGCUUCCCUCAAUCUCCAGGUUUUCGUCCAACUAGCAAGUUUAUAGCGGCAUUGAGUUGAGUUGAGUUGAGUUGUGAUGCUACCAGCAUCAGGGACGGAGCCACACUGGGGGCAGUGGGGGUACUUGCCCCCAGUAGCUCGUGAAUGGUUUACUAGUUCUAUUAUGUAAAAUUAAUGAAGUAUGGCUUUGCCCCCUUGGUUUAGAUGUGUGUCUUUUCUGGAUGUGGUUCAAGUUCGACUCCUCCCAGUUUCAUUUGAUUUUUUCUUGCCCAUUCUUUACUACAUUUGUUUUCUUUUUUGCCCAGUCUUGUGUCUCAGCCUCUUCAGUCCUAAUAUUUGCUUGUAUCAGACUCUCACAGCCCAUAAGGCUGGGCUAAUAUCACUACUUCUCUCCAUAUUUUGUGAAUUUCUUAUCAUAAAUUCGUAUAUUUAACUCAUUAAUCAACUCAAACCAUUUUUGGUUAAAAGAAAAUUAGCGAUUUUUUUUUUGGUGUGUUUUUUGCCCCCACAUAACCAAAUUCCUAGAUCCGUCCCUGACCAGCAUGUUCGUUUUUAUAUGACUAUUGAAUCAAACAAUACAAAUGUGUUGCUGAGUCUCAUUUUGCAAACUGGGGGUUGUAUUAUCUGUAGUUUGUGUUUGCAAAGCAAGCAACUCUGAUGCAAGCCAACAAAGUGGCAAUUUUUUCUUGUUUGGCAGGUGGUCAGAGUAUUUCUGCAGUCUAAACUGUGAAAACCGAACAUGCAUUUUGUUAAUUUACUGACUACAUUUAUACGUACAAGCAAUUGAUGCAACUAUCUGUAGUAAGAUUCUGCAUGUAUUUCUGAUUUCCGAUUAAUUCUUCUAGUAUCAAACAAAGAAUUUAUACAUAUCUGUAGUAGGAUGUUGGUUUCUUCUUCUUCU